AUGUCUGCUUCUCGUUGCGGGCGUCUUGCGCGUCUCUCCUUGGGAGCCCUCCGCACACCCGUCCCCAUCUCCGCUCGACCUCUUGUGGCUCGUGCCGCCGCCGUGCGGGGAGUGUCGACGGCCAGCCGAGAUGCACAGCAAAAGCUUCUUGCUUCGUCCCUGAAGGACUCCGACCCUGCGGUCUUCAACAUUCUCGAGAAGGAAAAAUCUCGCCAAAAGCACUUUAUCAACCUCAUUCCCUCAGAGAACUUCACGUCACAGGCCGUCCUUGAUGCCUUAGGCAGUGUGAUGCAGAACAAAUACUCCGAGGGAUAUCCGGGUGCUCGCUACUAUGGAGGAAAUGAACACAUCGAUGCUUCAGAGCGCUUGUGUCAGCAACGUGCUUUGGAGACCUAUCGCCUCGACCCGGAGGAGUGGGGUGUGAAUGUUCAACCUCUCUCGGGAUCCCCGGCCAACCUUUACGCCUAUUCCGCUGUCCUCAACACACACGAUCGUCUGAUGGGUCUCGAUCUGCCCCAUGGAGGUCACCUGUCACACGGUUACCAAACUCCAACCAAGAAGAUCUCCGCCAUCUCCAAGUACUUUGAGACCUUCCCGUACCGUCUCGAUGAGUCCACCGGCCUCAUCGACUACGACGCUCUCGAGAAGCAGGCUCUGCUCUACCGUCCUAAGUUGAUUGUUGCCGGCACUUCAGCUUACAGUCGCCUGAUUGACUACCCUCGCAUGCGUGAGAUUGCCGACUCUGUUGGCGCCUACCUUCUCUCCGAUAUGGCUCAUAUCUCCGGUCUUGUUGCCGCAAACGUGCUUCCCUCUCCGUUCCCUCACUCUGACAUCGUCACAACCACCACCCACAAGUCCCUUCGUGGACCUCGGGGUGCCAUGAUCUUCUACCGUAAGGGUGUGCGUCGUACCGACAAGAAGGGAAACAAGGAGAUGUACGAUCUUGAGAACCCUAUCAAUGCCUCAGUCUUCCCUGGACACCAAGGUGGCCCACACAACCACACAAUCACUGCCCUGGCUGUUGCUUUGAAGCAGGCUCAAACGCCUGAAUUCAUCGAGUACCAGAAGACCGUCUUGGAAAACUCCCAGGCUUUGGCCCAGCGUCUCGGAGACUCCACCAGUAACGGUGGCCUCGGUUACAACAUUGUCUCAGGUGGCACUGAUAACCACCUGGUUCUGGUGGACUUGAAGAACCGUGGUGUCGAUGGAGCUCGCGUGGAGCGUGUCCUGGAGCUAUGUGGCGUGGCUAGCAACAAGAACACGGUGCCCGGUGACAAGUCUGCCCUGAAGCCCGGCGGUCUUCGUCUAGGUACCCCCGCCAUGACCUCCCGGGGUUUCCAGCCCGAGGACUUCCGCCGUGUCGCUGACAUUGUUGACCGCGCUGUGACCUUGACCCAGAAGCUGGAUAAGGCUGCCCGCGAGCAGGCUCAGUCACGAGGUGUGAAGAACCCGGCUACCCUAAAGGCCUUUUUCGAGUAUCUCGGCGAGGGUGAGGAAGUCUCAGAGAUUGUCAUGCUGCGACAAGAGGUUGAGGACUGGGUCGGUACAUUCAGCUUGCCCUGGUCCCACGAACAGUAG